AGCCUGCAGAGAACAAGCAAAGUGUCAGCAGGGGCUGCAAAGGGUUUGCAAGGUGCCUGGAAGGUGCCUCCCGCCUCGGUGGGGCUUCAGCAGCAGCCCACGACUCGCCACGGGGCAGCUCGGACACGGGCGGCGUUUGCAACGUGAUGAGGGCUGAAGCCACAGUCCUGCUGUGCAGCACUAACCUGCCCUUUCCCCGCGAGUACAGGGAGAAAUGGCUCAGGACAUGACUGAGAAGGAGCUGCUGAAGAUGGAGCUGGACCAGCUGAAGAAGGAGGUGAAGAACGAGAGGCAGAUGGUCUCCAAGACCGGCAAGGAGCUGAAGGAGUACAUCGAGUCCAUGGCGGGCGAGGACCCGCUGCUCAAGGGGGUCCCCGAGGACAAGAACCCCUUCAAGGAGAAGGGCGGCUGCACCAUCAGCUGACCGGGCGCCGCUGUCCCCGCCGGGCACGGGGACAGUUCCCUGCAUGGGGCAGGACUGGCACGAACCUCCGAAACCUGCUUUUCCUGUAGUCUGAGCUCAGCACCGGGGAGUCCAGCACCAAAGUGUAGCACGUCUGGAGCAAGGCAACCAAAGA